AUGGGAUUAAGCGUGACUGUCAAAUCGUUCACAUACACUGUAAAGGGACCCUUUCACUCGUCGCCUUUUCUCAGGUCCCCAACUAAUUUGUCGCGAUAUGACGAAGAUACAGAUUUAGCACACAUGUUGUCCCAGCGAAGCAGUGCCUCAUCUGGUGGAGUAAUGUCUUGGAGUCUGAGGGCCCUUGAUACUGUAUUGGUUGAUGCAGGCGUCGGCCCAUGCAUCUUGGGCAAGAGGGUACGUUUGAGCCCACUCCGCCUGAACACAGAUACGAAAACACUCGCUGUGGUCUGUUGGAAGGGAACUACUGACUGGGUCUUCGGAUGGACGCCAGUAGUCGCUGACUGGGCCAGUCGACUCUCCUCGUCUCGCCUCGUCUCGUUCCGUUUCGCCUCGCUUCGUCCUGUCUCGUUUUGUUUCGUCUCUACUCAAUACAUUGGCAUCCCAAGAGUAUGGGCUAUGGUAGCUCAAACCAAGUUGGAGAGGGCUCAAUCAGACCAAGACAGCUCCUCUUGGAGGACGAGUGGGGCGAAGGGAGGCAGAGAGGAGACACAUGCGGAGGGCAAGAUUAACCGGAGGCCAGAAGAGAUGCUGAGGCAAUUUGUGUGCUUGUGUAUGUAUGCAUGCGUGUACAGUGGAGAGCAUUAG